UUGCUCCGUAAAUAUCUUUUUUAUGUCAAUUCCUCCCUUUAUCUCUUAUCUCCAUUCUCUAUUCAGGCCGGACAAGAGUCUUUCCGUUCCAUCACUCGGUCCUACUAUCGUGGAGCAGCUGGCGCUUUACUUGUCUAUGAUGUAACACGACGAGACACCUUCGCCCAUUUGGCUUCUUGGCUGGAAGAUGCCCGACAACAUUCCAGUUCCAAUAUGGUCAUCACCCUGAUCGGAAACAAAUGUGAUUUGGACGCUCGACGUGAAGUGGAACGAGAGGAGGGCGAGGCGUUCGCUCGCGAACACGGACUGUUGUUCAAAGAGACCUCGGCUAAAACUGCCGUCAAUGUUGAGGAGGCGUUCGUGUGCACUGCACGGGCCAUUUACGAACGUUUGCAGGACGGCGUGCUCGAUUUGAAUAAUGAUUAUCAUCUGGGUUUGUAUGCCGUUGACGAGUAG